AUGCUCUCCGCCCUCCUACAGUUUUUGAUGCUUGUGGCGCUGCCGGUCACUCUCUUCUUCCUCUACGAACAGAACACUCGGAAGCCGAGGAAGGCCGCUGGCGUCGCCCUUUCCUCUUCGCAAGCAAACAAGUCCAAGGCGACGGAGGAAGGGGAGGAGGAAGUGAACAAGAACAAGAAGAACAAGCAAGACGCCGCCGCUGCCCCUGCCGUUGCCGCUGAGGAGGUGGACAAGAAGCAGAAGGUGGACGAUUCACAGACGCCAAACGGCGCCAAGAACGGCCACGCUGCGAGCAACGAAAGGAAGAACAAGACAGAGGAAAAGGAAAAGAAAAAGGGAACGGCUCCGCACCGCAGCGAGCCGAGAAUCCUGAUUGCCUACGCUAGUAACUCACAGAACGCGCUGACUCUCUCGCACAAACUCUUCAACGCCAUCAACGGCCAGUUGUUGGAACUGCAGCAGAAGCGCGACGCGAAGGCGUUGCAAAACAGAAAAGGAGAAGUGGUGGAGGCCGCCGCGGUGCAGGACGCUCAUGCGGUGACGCCAUCGGUCAAGAUCCUCGAGCUGCGAGAGGAAGACAGCCACGCCUGCAGCGUCGACACUUUGCUCGAGGCCGACCGCAAGAGCCCGAACUACUACGGCCUCAUCAUUUUCAUCGUUUCCACCUUCACCGACGGCACGGCGCCACCGCGGAGCGCGAACUUUGAGAAAGUGCUGAAGGACUGCUACGAGGACCACCGUGUCCCGCGCGAUGCGCUGUCCUCGAAGCGUUUUGCUCUCUUUGGCCUUGGGGACGUGGCCUAUGGUCCCACACACUUCAACGCCUUUGGCAAACACGUUGUGGCAUACUGCAGGGGGAUGGGCGCGCCACACUUCGUUGUGCCACCGGUGUACGCCACGGACGCAAAGGUGCCAAAUCUCUUUCAAGUGUUUUCUCAAACCCUCUUCAAGUGGCUGAACCGCGUCGAGUUCUUCGCGGAUGGCUCGAUGCACGUGCAGAAGAAGAAGCUGCCGCUGACGUCGUUGUCGACGUUGAAGCCCGGGGCUGAAAGGCAAAAGCAGCUGUGCUGCAGCAGCGGCAAUGGCGGUAAGGACGGGCAAGACGUCGAUUCGCAGCACCGCUGCGGCUGUCAGAGUAGCACGGACAACAACGGGGAGGCGGAGACGUGUGGCGCUGCGGCGGAGAGUAGCAGCGACGGCAGCGAUGGCGAAAAUGAAAGCGGACUCGACGAAAUCGAAGACCUCAUUGAUGACAUUGAGACCAACGAGGACGACCAUGCGCGCGCGGGUGGGGUGGCGGGCAGCCGCAAGGAGCUCUUGAACCCCCGUCUCCGCAAGAAUCUUGAAAAGCAGGGCUACAACCUGAUAGGCUCUCACUCGGGCGUGAAGCUCUGCCGCUGGACCAAGGCCAUGCUGCGUGGACGUGGAGGGUGCUACAAGCACACCUUCUAUAACAUCAACUCGUCGCAGUGCAUGGAGCUGACGCCCUCGCUCGCGUGUGCGAAUAAGUGCAUCUUUUGUUGGCGGCACCACACCAAUCCCGUCUCGACCACCUUUCGCUGGAAGGUCGACGAGCCGCAGGUCAUCGUGGACGGCGGGAUCGAGCGCCACGUCCGCAUGAUCAACACGAUGCGUGGCGUCCCGGGCGUCUCGGAGGAGAACCUGCAAAAGGCCUUUACGGUGAGGCACUGUGCACUGUCGCUGGUCGGAGAGCCGAUCAUGUACCCCCGCAUCAACGAGUUCUUGCACCUCCUGCACAAUAAAAAGAGUCCCAUCUCGUCCUUCAUGGUCACCAACGCGCAGUUCCCCGAGCAGCUGCGCAUGUUGCGGCCUGUUACACAGCUCUACCUCUCCAUCGACGCCCCGACCUCGGACGAGCUCAAGCAAAUUGACCGUCCCCUCUUUGAGGAUUAUUGGGAGCGCUGUCUCAGCUGCGUGGACGUCCUCCGAAAGAAGAAGAACACCCGCACUGUCUUUCGUCUGACGCUGGUGAAUGACAUGAACAGCGUCCACAUUGCUAACUACGCCGAUCUCGUGGAGAAAGGCUGGCCUGAUUUCAUCGAGGUGAAGGGCGUUACGUUCUGCGGGACUUCGCACACAAACACCAUCAACAUGAAGACCCACGUGCCGAGGCACGACGAGGUCAUUCAGUUCUGCGCGCAGCUCUGCGAUGAAAUCGCGAAGCGCAAGCCGAACUACAUCACCAAGACCAUGAACGAGGCAGCCGCGGCUGAUGCGAACGCAGAGGACGACGCAGCAUUUUUUGUGGUGCCAGCCGAGCAGCGCAACCGUCCGUACCACAUUGCUUGUGAGCAUGAACACAGCUGCUGCGUGCUGAUCGCCCUGGACAAGUUCUACUUCAACAACCGCUGGAACACCUGGAUCGACUACGCCCGCUUCUUUGAGCUCGCCGCCCAGUACGAGGAGGUGCAUGGCCUUCCUCCGGUCCUCGACCAUCUGAAUGAGAAUGAAAACAGCACCGACAACCACAACGGCAGCGGCGAUGGAAACGUUGACGCCGAGGAAGACGCGCGGCAUCAGGUGCAAGUGCGCAGAUCGAAGAAACGAAGUCCCCACGGCAGCGGCGAAGAAGGCGAAGAAAAGAAAAAAGAAAAAGAAAAAAAAAAAGAAGAGGCGGUGGUGAUGGAGAUGGAGAGUGAUCCGUCCAGGCGCGAAAAAGUCGAUCCAGAUGGAGACUUUGUCUUCACCGCAUGGACUACUGCGCGCCGACCCCGUCGUGGGCGGUUUAUCGCUCGAAGGAGCGCGGCUUUGACCCGCAGCAGACGCGCAUUCUUCGCAGGAAUGCGCGUCCAGUGGGUCCUUCCUCCGGAAAAAUAA